AUGGAUUCUGAAGAAAGACCGGCAUUAGAUCCGGCUGCCAUCACAAAGGGCCCAAACCAGCUGCACGACUUCACGCUGCAGCCCAUCAUUGCCGACAUUCUUCGCACGCGUUAUUGCACGCCACGGUCUAUUUUCAUUAUAGAAGGGAUUGAUAUAAUCCCGGUAUCUACAAGUGGCCGAUGGCAAGCGGUGCGUCUGCUCCUUGGCGACGGCGAGCUGUGUGUACAAGCAAUUCUUUCACCAUCAUGCCACAGGUUCGUGCAAACGGGCGAAGUCUUUGUUGGAUGCUACGUCUGCGUAGACGAAUUCCGUGUGGAAUGGGUAGAGAACCCGGAAAAUGAAGAGUCUGAAGAUGCACAUGAUAAGAAAAUGGUGUUUCUCGUGCUUCGGGAUAUUUCCACGUUGGGCUGGAACCAAGCGUAUCGAGAUUUGGCCAGCAGGGCUGAGAUUCGGCAGGGGAAACGGGCCGAGGUGGUGAUACCUCCGGCGAAAACACAAGAGCCUUUUAAAGUUGACGACGAUGACGAUGACGACUACUUUGAGGGGAUGGAUCUGGAUCGUCUAGAUCCCAUCGUGGUCCAACCGGACAAGAAGAUUGUAACGGAACCAGAGCCGCUACCAGUGCUGCCGAUACAAAGCAAGGAACUAGAGACACUGAGUAUGAAUGAAUUCAAUACUGACGACGAGUUUGGUGACUUGGACGAGCUGCUAUUCCCGUCAAGGAGAGGAUCACCCGCUAAGUCUACCCCAAGAACACGCACACCACGACACGCAACACCGUCACGGCUUUCACCCUCGAAGCAGCCCCAUCGUGACCAGUCGCCGUCCAAGCAGCCCCCUAGUAGGAAUCAAUCACCCUCUAAACACGCAAAUACAGUAUCCCUGGCCCACCGCCACCCUGUUGCCUUGCCCCGCGACUGGACAGACAUCACGAAACCUCUCAAAUUGACAACACUACACGCGAUUCCACAUCUACCAUACGCCCAAAACUGGACGUGUAACGUCUUGGCUAUUAUAGUCUCUCUUUCACCGGUGGAAUCAUCUUAUUUACCACCGUAUACGCAGCGCACUGCGCGCAUCGUAGACCCCUCGACUGCCAAACAGGUCCAUCUUACUGUCUUUCUCGACGCCGAGUCCUUUUCUCCCAAAGUUGGCAGCGCAGUACUCCUUACUGGCGUCAAGAAUCAUAGCUUUGACGGGGGAAGCUUGAAAAAGUAUGCCUCCGACAAGGGCGGCAAGUGGUGGUUUGAAGACCCCGUCGAGAUGACGUGGUGUGACGUCCGGGGCAUCAAGGACUGGUGGAAACUCAUGGAGGACAGCAUGAAGGCACAGGCUGAAUCUGCAGGCUGA